CCUCAAGUGCUUACCAUGCCAUCAUUCUCGUUCUCCAUUGACUUAAUUCGGCGCCUAGUGGACGGUGGCAACAGCGCAAUCAUGCAGCCGUGCUCUUGCAGCGCUCACGCCAACUGUGUGAUUUCAAGAUGAAGGAAGAACAUAUAAAACACUUCGUUUGUGCCAUGGGGGGCCGAAGCGGCGGCAAACCACUCCUUUUUUCACUUACCCAACGACUCUCACACAAUCAUGGCAUCCGACGGCAACGUCUCGUCAGCCGACUACAUUGUCAUCGGCGGUGGCACUGCAGGUCUCGUUGUCGCUAAUCGGCUGUCCGAGGACCCCAACGUCCACGUUCUCGUGCUUGAAGCUGGUCAAGAUCAUGCCCAAGAUCCACGCGUGAACAUCCCGGCCCUGUUCACCACUCUGAUGGGCUCGGAAGCAGACUUCCAGUAUCAGACCACUCCACAGCCAACUCUCAACGGACGUCAAGUCAAGCAACCGCAGGGAAAGCUGCUCGGCGGUUCAUCCGCCAUCAACGGUCAAGCCUUUAUCGCUCCCUCAAAGGCCGACAUCGACGCCUGGGCCAAGCUGGGAAACCCAGAGUGGGACUGGGCCUCGCUCUUGCCAUACUACAAGAAAUUCUACACACUGACUCCACCACCGGACAAGGAGACUCUCGACCACCUAGGAAUUGACUGGCUCGACGACGAGACUCGUGGUACCAACGGCCCAGUCCAGGCUUCGUUUCCCGGUGUGCUUCAAAAUCCAAUGAUCAAGGCCUGGAUUGAUGCCUUCAAGGCAAUGAAUUACAACGCAACUAGUGAUCCAUUCUCCGGAAAGUCAAUCGGUGGUUACAGCAAUGCCGCCACAAUUGAUACAAGAACCAAGACCCGCAGCUACUCUGCUACGGCCUAUGGCAUUCCCGCACUACAGAGACCCAACUUUCAUCUCGUCACUGGCGCGACCGUGCAGAAGCUUUUAUUUAGCAAAGGACCCAACGGCGUCACGGCGACAGGGGUACAGGCCAUUAUCGGCGGUCAGUCCAAGACCUUCCCCGCAAGCAGGGAAGUCAUCCUAUCAGCAGGAGUCUUCAACACGCCCAAGCUUCUUGAGCUUUCCGGCAUCGGCAACGAGUCCAUUCUCAAGGAGCAUGGCAUUGAGACUAUUAUCAACAAUCCUGGUGUCGGCGAGAACCUACAAGAUCAUCUCAUGACUGGAGUCAGCUUCGAGGUUGUCGACGGAGUCAUCACUGGCGAUCCGCUAAUGCGACAAGAACCCGAAGCUCUGCAACAGGCCCAGAAGCUGUAUGCCGAGCACAAAGCUGGUUCCUUCACCAUGGGCGGAGUGCAAUCCCAUGCUUUCAUGCCAGUGCUUGAGUUCGCCGAUGCCGCUGGCCAGAAGGCUCAGAAAGAGCUCUUCGACAAGUACGCACCAAAGGACAGCCGAGAAGCCGAAUACUACAACCUCGUUCGCUCCAUCGUCGAGAGUCCCGAAGAAGGCUCCGGUGCCUGGUUUAUGUUUCUAGCCCAGGCCAACCUUCACGAGCACGGCAAGAGCUUUGUCGGUACGCAACUACUGCCAGAGAAUUUCGCCAGUCUAGGAUGCGCGCAGAAUCACCCUUUCUCGCGUGGUUGGACUCACAUUUCGUCCACAGAUGUCGAUGCCACGCCAAACAUCGACCCGAACUACUUCUCGCAUCCAAUCGAUCUCGAACUGAUGGCGCGCCAUGUACAAACCAUGGAGACGCUGAGGAACACUCCAGAGCUUGCUAAGUACUUCAAGCCUGAUGGAAAGCGGAAUCAUCCGGACGCUUUCAACAUCAAGGACCUCGAGGGCGCCAAGAAGUAUCUUCUCGACACCGCGCUGACAACCUACCACGGAUGCGGUUCAGCGCCCAUGUUACCCAGGGAUAAGGGCGGUGUAGUUGAUCAGGAACUCAAGGUCUAUGGUACUAACAACCUGCGUAUCGCCGAUGCUAGUUUGUUCCCUUUGAUCCCUCGCAACAACAUCAUGUCAACGGUUUACGCCGUCGCCGAGAAGGCGUCGGACAUCAUCAAAAGACAUUAA